UUCACUUAUUUGAUUAUUUCGACAAUGGCCAUCCGCCAGAUGCUGAGACGGUCUUUAUCGAGCGAGAGAAGGUCAGCCGAAGUAGUUCCGAAGGGGCAUCUUGCUGUCUAUGUUGGAGAUAAUGAAAAGAAGCGGUUUGUGAUUCCAGUGGCGUACUUAAACCACCCCUCGUUUCAAGAGUUGUUGUUUCAAGCUGAGGAAGAAUUCGGGUUCAAUCACCCGAUGGGCGGCCUCACCAUCCCUUGCAGUCAAGAACUAUUUGUAGAUUUCAUCUCUGCCUUCAGCUCGAGAUGAUUUUAGCAAUGGUUUCAGGAGGAAUAGAAUUUUGUAGAUUAGAAAAUGUAUAUGUACAUUGGAAAUACAUGAUAGUAGAUGAAUAUACAUGAACAUUUAUGGAGCAAACUUUUGUUACCCUAAUCUGUUGAUUGAUUUAUCCAAGAAUGAGGUUUUCUUAUUUGAAAGUUUUUAGAAAGUAAACACACUAUAGGUGAAUAUAUUUGUCCAAUAAAUCUUAUUUAUCCAUCAUUUAGC